GGUGGGGGCUAAGGGGGUGAGGAAGAAGGGACUUAUUAAGAGUCGGGUGGUAUCGUGGCGAUCUGGAAAAAUCUACCAAGGCUGGUGACUGACAAAGGGAGUGGAGGGACGAAGGGAUUUAAGAAUGAAUCUUGGUACAAAAUCUGGGAAUAAGAACACGGAGCGGGAGGAGCUCAUGCCUUUUUGCCCCACCCCCAUCGCGUGUCCUACCCAGUCCACAGAAUGCGCCUCCAGAUUGGCAGGCAAGGCUGCACAUGGAAAGGGCACGGGUUUGGAGUUCAGGGUCUUGCCCGACUACAGAUCUCUUGCAAGCUGAGGAAGGUCUCUGAGCCUCAGUUUCUGCAUCUGUACAAUGGGAAUCCUAAUGCUUAAAAGAGGAUGGUUGUGAGCCUCGCUGGAACGAACUUCUAAGAAAGCUAUGCUCAGCAAAUAAAAUGGAAGGCAGUGUAGACCCGAGGCCUCCCUCCAAGGGGUGCCACGGCAGGCCCCAUCCCUUCCCCCUUCCACGAGUCUCCCAGGCUCUGCAAAGGCCGCUUCAAGGCAGAAUCACGGUUGAAGCUUUAAGAGUUGGACGCCCAGGUCCCUGAAGUGAUCUGUAGGCCCCCCCGCCCCAGUCCGCCACCAUUCCGUGCUGCAGGGACACCAUGGCCCCAGAGGAAGACGCUGGAGGGGAGGCCCUAGAGGGCAGUUUCUGGGAGGCUGGCAACUACAGGAGGACCGUGCAGCGGGUGGAGGACGGGCAUCGGCUAUGUGGGGAUCUGAUCAGCUGUUUCCAGGAGCGCGCCCGCAUAGAGAAGGCCUAUGCCCAGCAGCUGGCUGAUUGGGCCCGCAAGUGGAGGGGCACCGUGGAAAAGGGCCCCCAGUACGGCACGCUGGAGAAGGCCUGGCACGCCUUCUUCACGGCAGCUGAGAGGCUGAGUGCGCUGCACCUGGAGGUGCGGGAGAAGCUUCAGGGGCAGGACAGCGAGCGGGUGCGCUCCUGGCAGCGGGGGGCCUUCCACCGGCCAGUGCUGGGUGGCUUCCGCGAGAGCCGGGCCGCCGAGGAUGGCUUCCGCAAGGCCCAGAAGCCCUGGCUAAAGAGGCUGAAGGAGGUUGAGGCGUCCAAGAAGAGCUACCAUGCGGCCCGGAAGGAGGAGAAGACAGCCCAGACUCGGGAGAGCCACGCAAAGGCAGACAGCGCCGUCUCCCAGGAGCAGCUGCGCAAGCUGCAGGAGCGGGUGGAACGCUGCACCAAGGAGGCUGAGAAGAUGAAAACCCAGUAUGAGCAGACGCUGGCGGAGCUGCAUCGCUACACCCCGCGCUACAUGGAAGACAUGGAGCAGGCCUUCGAGACCUGCCAGGCCGCGGAGCGCCAGCGGCUUCUGUUCUUCAAGGAUAUGCUGCUUACCUUACACCAGCACCUCGACCUCUCCAGCAGUGAGAGGUUCCAGGAACUCCACCGAGACCUGCAUCAGGGCAUCGAGGCAGCCAGUGACGAAGAGGAUCUGCGCUGGUGGCGCAGCACCCACGGGCCAGGCAUGGCCAUGAACUGGCCACAGUUUGAGGAGUGGUCCUUGGAUACACAGAGGACGAUUAGCAGGAAGGAGAAGGGUGGCCGGAGCCCUGAUGAGGUUACUCUGACCAGCAUCGUGCCCACGAGAGAUGGCGCUGCACCCCCACCCCAGUCCCUGGGGUCCGCAGGCGGUGGGCAGGAUGAGGAGUGGUCAGAUGAGGAGAACACUCGGAAGGCUGCCACAGGGGUGCGGGUGCGGGCACUCUAUGACUACGCUGGCCAGGAAGCUGAUGAGCUGAGCUUCCGAGCAGGGGAGGAGCUGCUGAAGAUGAGCGAGGAGGAUGAGCAGGGCUGGUGCCAGGGCCAGUUGCAGAGUGGCCGCAUCGGUCUGUACCCUGCCAAUUACGUGGAGUGCGUGGGGGCCUGAUCUGCCUUGACAGACCUUCUGCAGCGUUUCUCCACCCUGCGUCAGAGCCCAGCUUCUCUUGGACAGCCGACCCGAGGACCCUGGACCAUGGUGCCCCCUGCUGCCCUUCUGUCCCUUGAGGAGGAAGGAAGUCCUGGGUCCCAGGGAGGGGGGCGGCCUGCAUCUAGGAAGGGACUGGUAGGGAAGGGCCAACUGAGUCUAGCCUGAGGGGAAGAUAGGGAGGUCAGGAGGUGACAGAAGGGCUCAGGGGUGCCUGGGCCUCUCCAGGAAUGCAUGGGUCUCCCCAGGAGCCGUGGACCCAGUUCCUGGUCUCAGUGUUUUGGGAUUCCUGGGGUGGUCUUGGGGUGGUGAGUGUAGUUCUGGGCUAGGAGCACUCUCCUGUGACUUGUUUUAGUGUGUAUUAAAGUUGGAGAAAAAAAAAAAAAAGCA